AUGGUUUCGUGGUCUAGUUGGUUAUGGCAUCUGCUUAACACGCAGAACGUCCCCAGUUCGAUCCUGGGCGAAAUCAUUAUUGUAUUCUUUUUUUUGGUUUCCGUAUGA